UUGGCAUUUUAGUUUUAAAUUUGCGACGGUUUGCUGAAAAUCAACUUAACGAUCGCGGCGGAACAAAACGCUCUGAAUAAAUUAAAUAUUUUCAAAAAUUAUAUAUUUACAAAACGACUCCAAUUUUGCAGAAUUUUAAUCAAUUAUUAGCAACUAUUUAAAGAACGGUUGAGGUGAUAAAAAACAGCAUUCUAUACCAUCGAGCUGUUGCUAAAUUUACAUAACCAAAAGUGCAAAAAAGUGAAAAGUUCGAAAUCGAUCGAAAUGGGCAUUCCGGACAUCCGACUGUUGGUGACGGUGGACUUUGAGGUCUAUGGACAUGUACAAGGGCUGAAUCUCACCAAAGACACCCGCGACCGAUGCACCAAGGCAGGAAUUACUGGCUGGGUGAAGAACAGCAAACAGGGCACCAUCGUCGGCAAAAUGCAAGGUCCCAAAGAGGAGGUGGACAAGAUGAUCACCUGGCUGUCCAGCGAGGGCUCUCCCGGUUGUCAAAUCGAUCGAUGUGAGCUGAGGAACCAGGGCAAUCUCAGCCGACUGGACUAUAAGGACUUCGCCAUUAGGUUUUAGCUUUGUUUCCGCCUUAUAUUUGGUAUGCGGAAAUAAGGUUUUGUGUGUUUGUUUUGUGCAUUACAUCAAUAAGUUUGUAAAUACAAGUAAAUAAUAAAGAAAUUAAUAAUAA